GGACUACUGGAAAGAUGCUUCAUUUUUAUAUGGACAAGGACUUGUCUAUUACCACUUCAAUGCUUUUCAGUGGGCCGUGAAAGCAUUCCAGCAGGUGCUAUGGGUGGAACCAGGAUUUCCACGGGCCUGCGAGGUUCACCUACGGCUCGGCUUAAUGCUGAAGGUCCACGCUGACUUUGACGCCGCCUUGAAGCACCUGACACUCGCUUUGAUCGAUGCCACGACACCUGCCUCCUUUUCCAAACUCGAAAUCAAAUUUCACAUAGCCCAUUUAUACGAAGUCCAAGGGAAAUAUCGUCUGGCCAAGGAGCACUACGAGGCGUUACUUAAGGAAAAAACUCUGCCUUCUCAUCUGAAAGCCGAUAUUUGUCGUCAAUUGGGAUGGAUGUACCACGUGGUUGACUGUACGAUACUGGGUAUAACGAGGCAACAGAAACAAGCAAUCGCUAUCCACUGUCUGCAAAAGUCUAUCGAGGCGGAACCGAAAAGUGGGCAAAGCCUUUACCUUCUAGGACGCUGUCUCGCCGCUUCUGGAAAAGUUCACGAUGCAUUUAUCGCCUACAGAAACUCCGUGGAAAAGUCAGAAGGAAACGCGGACACAUGGUGCAGUAUAGGCGUCCUGUAUCAGCAACAAAAUCAGCCUAUGGACGCAUUACAAGCCUAUAUAUGCGCGGUACAAUUAGACAAAUCACACUCUGCUGCGUGGACUAAUCUGGGAAUUUUGUACGAAAGCGUUAGUCAACCGAAAGACGCUCUAGCUUGUUACGUCAACGCAUCCAGGGGUAAUAAUAACACACCAAAUUGCACGGGCUCUUUGGCGGGCCUGGGUGGCGCUAAGUCCGGCGGUAACACCCCGAUGAACCCAUCGCUACAACAACGGAUCAACUUUCUGCAAAGUCACCUAAGCCAAGCACCAAUGCCUUCCGUCGCCACUAAAAGACGGCAACUGCCGUCUAUAGAAGAGGCUUGGAAUUUACCUAUUAGCGCUGAGAUGUCUAGCAGGCAGCAACAACAGCAACAACCUGCCACAGGUCCAGGUUACAAAUAUGGCACCACACCUUCUGGGCCACCACCUCCUUAUCCCCAAGGACAAGGGCAAAAUCUUAACACAAAAAGAUUUAAGCCAGGGGAAGAACCGAUCUCUCCAGGUUCACAGCAAAGACCACCACCAUUUUAUCUCACACAACAACAGCUGCAGAUGCUGCAGUUUCUUCAGCAGAAUCAUGGAAGUUUAACGCCGCAACAACAAGGCCUGCUUGCUCAGUUGCAGCAACAGUAUAGGUGCAUGCAACAGCACCAGCAACAAAUUAGAUUACAACAACAGCAAGCUGCUCAGAGGGGGUUAAGGCCAGGACAACCUGGUUACCCUACAAGCUACAACCAUGCCCAACUGGGACAGCCUGGUGUCAUCAAGAAUUAUGGAAUACCUCAACAACCGUUGCAGCAAGGUGGAACCGUCGCGUUACAAACAGGUGCCUCUGAUUCGAACUAUCCUCAAAGGCACGUAACGUCGGGCCAGUAUAACCAGUACCAACCUAAUCAGUACACUGCCCAGGGUUACACUCAGAUAUCGUCGACGACGAGCAAUUAUCCAGAAGGUUCUGCGGGGAACAAAGAUCUUGGAGUGACGGACCAAGAAUUACAAGCUUUAUUAUCGCAAAAGGAUAUCGCGACGUCGUUGGCGGAGGAUCUGUUGAAGCAUUUCGGCUCAGAAGAUUUAGACGUGAAGGAAGAAACACCAACAAUCAUGAAUAACGGCACUCUAAGCUCGGGUCCCUUUUCGCCAUCGAACCUGGAAGAGAGUAACGAGAAGAUCAAAGAAGUAAAACAGGAGAAAGUAGAAGACAGUCAACCGUCGUCUACUUCGAAGCUAGAGACAUACGAGAAAAACGCGAAGACACCAACCCCGACAGUAGAGACGGUGAAAUGCGAAGCUACGUCGAGUACAAAUAAAAUUGAGCCGGCCACUCGGGUCGAGCCAGUGCUUAAAUUGGAAAGCUUGUGUGAAUCACAACCCGAGCAAGAACUUAGCAUAGACAUGGACUCUAAAACUAUUAUCGAGGCGUGCAAGGGUCAAGGACUAAAAGGUGUACCAAAUUGCUCCAUACUGAGCGAUCGUUCACCACCGCCUGCACCGCCUGAUCCUCCGAGUCAGAGGCUAACUAAAGAACAACUCCUACCUCCGACUCCUAGCGUUUACUUAGAGAAUAAGAAGGACGCGUUCAGUCCACAGCUUCAAGAGUUCUGCUUGAAGCACCCGAUAGCUGUGAUUCGUGGUCUAGCAGCCGCUUUAAAGCUGGACCUUGGACUGUUCUCGACAAAAACGCUAGUAGAGGCGAAUCCAGACCAUGGUAUCGAAGUAAGAACGCAAAUGCAACAGACCAGUGACGAGAACUGGGAUCCUGUGAUGGGUAGGAAGGUUUGGGGUUGCAUCAGCCAUCGAAGUCAUACAACCAUUGCGAAAUAUGCGCAAUACCAAGCCUCGAGCUUUCAAGAGAGCUUGAAAGAAGAGAGGGAGAAAGCUCAAGGUAUACACGCCUCCAAUCUGUCUGAUUCAGAUUCGAAAGAUAGUACCGGUGCUGUUAGAAGGAAGAAAAACGCUUUCGGAUUGGCGGGCCGACCAGGCUCAAAAAUGUUGCGAUUUGGGACCAAUGUAGAUUUAUCAGACGAAAGGAAAUGGAAGCCUCAGCUGCAGGAGCUGAUGAAAUUACCAGCGUUCGCCAGAGUUGUAUCGGCUGGGAAUAUGCUUAGCCACGUCGGUCACGUUAUUUUAGGCAUGAAUACCGUUCAAUUAUACAUGAAGGUGCCUGGUAGUAGAACACCUGGUCAUCAAGAAAACAACAAUUUUUGUUCUAUUAAUAUCAACAUUGGACCAGGAGAUUGUGAGUGGUUUGCAGUACCUGAUGCAUAUUGGGGUGUAAUUUGUUCUCUUUGUGAGCGAAACAAUAUCAAUUACCUUCAUGGUAGUUGGUGGCCUUCUUUAGAGGAUCUAUAUGAGGAAAACAUUCCUGUAUAUAGGUUUCUACAAAGGCCAGGUGAUCUUGUCUGGGUUAAUGCUGGUUGUGUGCAUUGGGUUCAAGCUGUUGGUUGGUGUAAUAAUAUUGCAUGGAACGUGGGUCCUUUGACCGCUCGCCAAUAUCAACUAGCCAUCGAACGUUACGAGUGGAAUAAACUGCAAUCAUUCAAAUCUAUUGUACCAAUGGUACAUUUAUCUUGGAACUUAGCAAGGAAUAUCAAAGUGUCAGAUCCCAGACUGUUCGAAUUAAUUAAAAAUUGCCUAUUAAGGACAAUGAGACAGUGCUGCUUGAUAUUAGAAUUUGUGAAAAGUAAGGGUGUUGAAGUUCGGUUUCACGGACGUGGAAAGAAUGAAGCAUCACAUUACUGUGGCCAAUGUGAGAUUGAAGUGUUUAACAUCUUGUUCAUAAGAGAACAAGAAAAACGGCACGUAGUACACUGUAUGGAUUGUGCACGGAAACAAUCCCCAUCUUUAGAAGGAUUUGUUUGCUUAGAAGAGUAUAGAAUGCGUGAUUUAAUGGACGUUUAUGACGGAUUUACUUUACACACCUCUCUAACAACUCCCUCAUCAGCUCAGUCUAGCCAAUCCUCCUGA